UAGAUUAUGGGUGUAAACAUUGUUCAGGUUAUCAGUGUAGAAAUUUGUUGAUCUUCGUUCUUAGUUUCAUUCACUUUAAAAAUAAUCAAAACUCUGGUUACUGUUUAGAAAUAUAUGAUUACCAUGACUCCACCUCCGCAGUCUCCAGAAAGGCAAGAAAAAUUACUAGCUGAUGCCCUAGCAAUUGUUAAAGAACAAGCAUUUGAAAUGAAGUUAAAUUUAGAUAAAGGCAAAUUGAUGGAUGCCUUAAAGCAAGCUUCAAUUAUGCUUUCUGAGUUGAGGACGUCUCUUCUUUCCCCUAAAAGUUACUAUGAACUGUAUAUGGCAAUUUCGGAUCAGCUUCGACACUUAGAACUGUAUUUAUUAGACGAAUUCCAAAAAGGUCGUAAAGUACCUGAUCUUUAUGAAAUUGUUCAAUAUUUUGGCAAUAUUGUACCUCGACUUUAUCUACUCAUUACUGUUGGUUUAAUCUAUAUGAAAACUAAUAAAUCUUUGAGACAGUCAUUAAUGAGAGAUUUGGUUGAAAUGUGUAGAGGUGUCCAACACCCGUUAAGGGGUCUCUUUCUAAGGAAUUAUUUAUUACAGUGUGUAAGAAACAUUUUACCUGACAAUGUAGAAGGAGGAGAUGGUGAAGGAACGGUCAAAGAUUCUAUAGACUUUGUUUUAAUGAAUUUUGCUGAAAUGAAUAAAUUAUGGGUUCGAAUGCAACAUCAAGGUCAUAGUCGUGAAAGAGAAAGAAGAGAAAGAGAAAGAGAAGAAUUGAGACUUCUUGUUGGUACUAAUUUAGUGAGGCUCUCUCAGUUAGAAAGUAUUACAUUAGAAAAAUAUUGCAAGCUAGUUCUUCCUGGAAUUUUGGAACAAGUGGUUAGUUGUCGUGAUGCUAUAGCUCAAGAAUAUUUAAUGGAAUGCAUUAUUCAAGUAUUUCCUGAUGAGUUUCAUUUGGCAACUUUGAGUCCGUUUUUGAAGUCAUGUGCUCAGUUACAGCCUGGAGUUAAUGUGAAAAAUGUUGUAAUAGCUUUAAUUGACCGUUUGGCUAGCUAUGCUUCCUCCCCAGAAGUCGCUUCGUCACCAUCUCAAUUAGAAGCCCUUUUCACAAUUUUUUCUGAGCAAAUAUCUCUUAUCAUACAGACUAGAGCUGAUCUGCCUACAGAAGAUAUGUUGUCUUUGCAAGUAUCAUUAGCCAACUUGGCCUUAAAGUGUUAUCCAGAAAGGGUGGAUUAUGUAAAUACAGUCUUAGAAAAUACUCUAAAUGUUUUUGAAAGGUUACAAAUCAGUCAGGUUGAAUAUAAUAGCAGUGUUUCACGAGAAUUGACGAGAUUAUUAAACAUUCCUUUACAGACAUAUAAUAAUAUUUUAACAAUUUUAAAACUCAGUCACUUCACUCCAUUACUUGGAAUCUUUGACUUAGAAGGACGUAAAAAUAUGGCUGCAUUGAUUGUUAAUAAUGCAUUGACUAAUGGAACAUGUAUAUCUACCUCCAAUGAGGUAGAUCUUAUACUGACUAUGAUAUCAUCUUUAGUUACUGAAGAAGAGUCAUCCUCUUUAGUAGAAGAAGACCCUGAAGACUUUGCUGACGAGCAAGGAUUGUUAGCAAGGUUUAUUCACCAGUUAAGAUCUGAUAUACCUGAUGAUCAUUACCAAAUUCUUCUGAAAGCUAAGUCUCAUUUCAUGAAAGGAGGGCAGAAAAGAAUUAGAUAUAGUUUACCUCCUCUCAUUUUCAGCGCAUAUCGCUUGGCUUAUCGAUAUGCCGACAUGAAAGAACAGGAUAAUGACUGGGGAAAGAAGUGUUUAAAACUAAUGGAGUACUCACAUGGUCUUGCUGGAAGUUUAGCUAAGGCAGAAUAUCCAGAUCUAAGUUUGAGAUUAUAUUUACAAGGCACAUUAACCGCUGUUCAGAUAGGAUUUCCAUCCUAUGAAGAAAUCGCAUAUGAAUUUCUUUCGCAGGGAUUCAGCUUAUAUGAAGAGGAAAUGCGUGACUCUAAAUCUCAGCUUUCUGCACUUACUCUCUUGGCUGGAGUUUUCGAUAGAGCUUCAAUUCACUUCUCAGAGGAAAAUUCACGUCCUGUAAGAAACCAGUCUUCACUUGCUGCUGGAAAGUUACUUAAAAAACCUGAUCAAUGUCGUGGAAUUACAUUGUGUGCUCAUCUCUACGCAACAAUUAACCCUUCGACAAACCAGGUUGAAGAUGCCCAGAAAGUGGUGGAGUGCCUAAAGAAAGGUGUAAGGUUAGCUACCCAGUGUAUGGAUCCUGCUGUUCAGACGCAACUCUUUGUAGAACUUCUUGAUCAUUAUGUGUAUUUUUAUGAGAAAGGAAUUGAAACGAUAAGUGAUAAUAUGAUCAGUCAACUGAUAGCCAAAAUUCGAGAAGAAUUAGCAAAUUUAGACUCGAGUGAAGAGACAGAACAGAUAACCAAGCAUUUAGAAAAUACACUCGGCCACCUUAAAGGAAGAUCAAAUUCUGGAAUUGUUAUAUAAAAGGUUAAAUCAACUUGAAGUUGAGAAGUGGUUUUAUUACAAAUUGUUAUUAAUUCCAUGAUAUUGUUAAUUUUUUAUUCAUUAUUCUAUUUGUUAUGUAUAAAAUAAAUAUUUUGCAUUUAUAAAAUAGAUAUCAUAUAUUUAUUUUGUUGUAAUCUCAAUUUUUUUUUCAACUUUCUGAUAUGUAAUAUUUAAUAAUUAUCAAUUAUAUGGACGGAUGUUAUUGGUGUUCUUAUUAAUACAUGUAUGAAUUUGGCUUUUUUAAGACAUUCUUUACAUUAAAAUUUCAUUUUAUCUCUUUCUUAUCAGUACAAGUUCUGCACCUCUCUUCAAUAUUGUUUGGUAUUAGUAGUUAUAUCUGGAUGUAAAAUUUAUUUCAUUAAUAAUUAAGUUUAAACAUUUUCUUAACUUCCAUUGUAUUUUUUUAAUCUGUUAUGUUUCCAUAACGUACAUGUGUAUAUAAAUAAAUAUAUAUUUAAUUACAUAUAAUAACCUUUAGUAAAAACUGUUGGCCAAGUUAAUGAGUAGUAUCAUUAGUAUAUAAGAUCUAAAAUUAUGUUUGAUAUAAACUAAGAUGUUAUAAGUUAUGAAAGAAAAUAUCUUGGUAAAUAUAUAUAUACACAUAUAUUUCAAGCCAUAUUUGAUGGUUUUUGUUAACUUCUAAUGUUGCACCCUAAUAGAUAACCAAUUUUAUGUAGUUUGUUCAAUUUCAUAAGAUUCAUUUUUUAAGAGAGGAAAGCUAACAAUUUUCAGUCAUUUGAUGAUAAAAUACUUAAUUAACUAAAGUCUUGAUUGUGUGAACUAGUUUUGUGGGGAAUCGUUCAGUUGCACUUGCAAACCUUGAUUGUGCAGUUGCAACCUUCAUAAACCAAAGAUUAUGGGUUCAAAUCCUGGUGCCCAGGAGUCUUUUAACUGGUGUAAUUCCCUCAC